AUGGGCCACCUGGAGGUGCUGCUCGUGGAGAACUUCAAGUCGUGGCGGGGCCGCCAGGUCAUCGGCCCCUUCAGGCGCUUCACCUGCAUCAUCGGCCCCAACGGCUCCGUGGAGGAAACCGGGGAGCUCCGGGAGGCCUUUCAUAAGCUCACCAUUCGCGAGGGCUCCUCCGUCACCCGUGAGGGGCUGACGCGGAAGGUAUGUGGGAGAGACCCAGCAGUGGCCGACGAAUUAAAUGAGUUUAUUGACACGUGGUCACUUCGGGAAGGAACGGUUUGCUUGGACUUGCCGUCGUUGUGCUAUCCCUGCCUUUAUUCUUUGAUUUUAGGGGGAGGCUCGGAAUUCCGGUUCGGGGAUAACCCUGUGAGUCGUUCUGCUUACAUAGCCGAGUUGGAGAAGAUAGGCAUAAUAGUCAAAGCACGGAACUGUCUAGUUUUUCAAGGAACUGUAGAAUCAAUUUCAAUGAAAAAACCCAAAGAAAGAACCCAAUUUUUUGAGGAAAUUAGCACUUCUGGCGAACUUAUAGGAGAAUAUGAAGAAAAGAAAAAAAAAUUACAAAAAGCUGAAGAAGACGCACAGUUUAACUUCAACAAGAAAAAAAAUGUAGCGGCGGAGCGCAAACACGCAAAAUUAGAGAAAGAAGAGGCAGAACGUUAUCAGAGUCUCCUUGAAGAGUUAAAGAUAAACAAGAUACAACUGCAACUUUUCCAACUGUAUCACAAUGAGAAAAAGAUCCAUUUUCUGAACACGGAGCUAGAGCGUGUGAACAAGGAUCUGAGUGCCACAAGAGAGUCGCUGUCACAUCACGAAAACGUAGUUAAAGCCAAGAAAAAGGAACGUGGGAUGCUAACUAGACAGCUACAGCAAACAGAAAAAGAAUUAAAAGCUCUUGAAGCACUUUUAAAUCAGAAGAGACCACAGUACAUUAAAGCCAAAGAAAACACUUCUCACCACCUCAAGAAAUUAGAUGUGGCUAAGAAAUCUAUAAAGGAUAGUGAAAACCAGUGCUCCAAGCAGGAAGAUGACAUUAAGGCCCUGGAGGCGGAGCUGGUUGAUUUAGAUGGUGCAUGGAAAAGUUUUGAAAAGCAGAUUGAGAAAGAAAUCUUACAUAAAGGGAGAGACAUCGAACUGGAAGCCAGUCAGCUGGAUCACUAUAAGGAACUUCAGGAGCGAGUAAGAAAGAAGGUGGCGCUCAUGACCCAGCAGCUGGAGAAACUGCAGUGGGGGCAGAAGGCCGACGAGGAAAGACUGGCGUUCGAAGAGAGGCGGCAUGGAGAAGUAAAGGAAAAUCUAAAACAAGUUAAAGAACAAAUAGAAGAUCAUAAUAAGCGAAUAGAGAAGUUGGAGGAGUAUACAAAAAUAUGCAUGGAUUGCUUGAAAGAGAAAAGACAGCAGGAGGAAACCCUAGUGGGCGAGAUCGAAAAAACAAAGUCAAGGAUGUCUGAAGUUAAUGAAGAGCUGAAUCUUCUUAAAAGUGAGCUGCAGACUGCUGGGAUUGAGACUCACGAGGGCAAGCGUCAGCAGAAGAGAGCAGAGGUUCUGGAACACCUUAAAAGGCUCUAUCCAGAUUCCGUGUUUGGAAGACUGCUUGACCUGUGCCAUCCUAUCCAUAAGAAAUACCAGCUGGCUGUCACCAAACUCUUUGGCCGGUACAUGGUUGCCAUCGUUGUCACCUCUGAGAAGGUGGCCAAGGACUGUAUUCGGUUCCUGAAGGAGGAGAGAGCCGAACCUGAGACAUUCCUCGCUCUAGACUACCUGGAUAUCAAGCCAAUCAAUGAAAGACUGAGGGAGAUUAAAGGUUGUAAAAUGGUGAUUGAUGUCAUAAAGACUCAGUUUCCUCAGCUGAAGAAAGUAAUUCAGUUUGUGUGUGGAAACGGCCUUGUCUGUGAGACUGUGGAGGAAGCCAGGCACAUCGCCUUCAGUGGGCCUGAGAGGCGGAAAACGGUGUCUCUUGAUGGAACAUUAUUUUUAAAAUCUGGGGUGAUCUCUGGAGGGUCAAGUGACUUAAAAUACAAGGCUAGAUGCUGGGAUGAAAAAGAAUUAAAGAAAUUAAGAGACAGAAGGGUCCAGUUAAUCCAGGAAUUAAAGGACUUAAUGAAAGCACUCCGCAAGGAAGCAGAAUUGAAACAGAUACAGACUCUGCUACACGGAACUCAUACUCGACUCAAAUACUCGCAGAGUGAGCUAGAGAUGAUUAAAAAGAAGCACCUCGCUGCUUUUUACCAGGAGCAGUCUCAGCUGCAGAGCGAACUGCUGAAUGUCGAGUCACAGUGCACUAUGCUGAGCGCAGCAGUCAAAGAGCGGCAGCAGAGAAUCGAAGAGUUGCAAGAGAAGAUCGACCAGGUUGAAGAUGAUAUUUUCCAACACUUCUGUGAAGAAAUUGGCGUGGAAAAUAUUCGUGAAUUUGAGAAAAAACAUGUUAAACAACAACAAGAAAUUGACCAAAAAAGGUUAGACUUUGAGAAACAGAAAACUCGGCUCAAUAUUCAGAUUGAAUACAGUCACAAUCAGCUGAAGAAGAAGCGAAAUAAGAUCAACACAUUAAAGGAAACUGUCCAGAGAGGCAGAGCAGACAUCGAUAACCUCAAGAAGGUCGAGGAAAACUGUCUGCAAGUGGUGGACGAGCUCAUGGCCCGGCGGCAGCAGCUCACAGACACGCUUGUGGCCCAGAACGCCGACGCGGAGAGGGUCCACGCACAGAUCGAAGAGGAGCGGAAGUUGUUUUUGGCCGUCGACAGGGAGGUGGGAAAACGGCAGAAAGAAGUUGUGAUCGUGCAGAGUGCUCUGGAGCAGAAACGUCUAGAAAAGCAUAACAUACUGCUUGACUGCAAAGUGCAGGACAUUGAAAUCCUCCUUUUGUUGGGGUCCUUGGAUGACAUCACCGAGGUCAAGCUGGGAGCUGAAGCCGAAAGCACCCAAGCAACAGCUGAUAUUUAUGAAAAAGAAGAACCUAUCGAAGUGGACUACAGCGCGCUCAGAGAGGAUCUGAAGGCGCUGGAGUCCGAUGAGGACGUGGAGGACAGGCUGCAGCUCCUGCGGCGGCAGGUGGCGUCCCGGGAAGAGGUCCUGCUGAAGACGGCAGCCCCGAACCUGAGGGCCCUGGGGAACCUGCGCGCUGUCAGAGACAAGUUCCAGGAGUCCGCAGAUGCUUUUGAGGCCAGCAGAAAGGAAGCCAGAAUGUGUAGGCAAGAGUUUGAGCAGGUGAAGAAAAGGAGAUGCGAUCUUUUCAGCCAGUGCUUUGAGCACGUCUCGGUCGCAAUCGACCACAUCUACAAGCAGCUCUGCAGGAGCAGCAGUGCCCAGGCAUUCCUGAGCCCAGAGAACCCGGAAGAGCCUUACUUGGAGGGUAUCAGCUACAACUGUGUGGCCCCAGGCAAGCGGUUCAUGCCGAUGGACAACUUGUCAGGGGGAGAGAAGUGCGUGGCGGCUCUGGCGCUCCUGUUCGCCGUGCACAGUUUUCGGCCUGCUCCGUUCUUCGUGUUAGAUGAAGUAGACGCGGCCCUGGACAACACCAACAUCGGCAAAGUAGCAAGCUACAUCAAGGAGCAGACCCAGGAGCAGUUUCAGAUGAUCAUCAUUUCCCUAAAGGAAGAGUUCUACUGCAGAGCCGACGCCCUGAUCGGCGUCUACCCGGAGCACGACGCCUGCAUGUUCAGCCGGGUCCUGACCCUGGAUCUCUCCCAGUACCCAGACCCCGAGGGCCGCGAGCGCAGCAAGAGACAGCGAGAUACUGGCAGUAGCGGGGACAUCACCAGCCUGUCCUCGGUCCCCAGCUUGGCACGGCGCGUGCUCAGCGCGGCGCCCCUGCCAGGGUGCCCUCCCUUCAGAACGUGGCCUCCAGAAUGGCGGUGA